AUGACUUUGAUACUUUAUAAUCAAAUCCUUUCCUUCCAACUUACAUUACAGCAAGUAUUUCUUAUGGCUGCGAAUAGCUUAUGUAAAUUUGGAACUGGAACUGGAACUGGAAUCAAUAUCCAUAGGAGAGCAAACGUUCAAAUCCCAUACGGGGUUGUCUGA